AAGAUGAGCCGACAGAUGGCGCCACCACCCAAGGCAUGCGGUGGCGUACGCGCCUUCCCCCUUCCUCUACGCCAGGAGACGAAGAAACCGGCGAGCAUGGCGGACGCAGAUACCGUCCACGUUGUAACCUUUUGUCAAGCAUUAAACUAGUUACGUUCGAUAACACGCCUUUUUGAAACAUGGUGUCAGAAGCGGCAAUAGCCAACGCUUGAGCUACGACCGCCACGACCACGGAAGCAAGCAUGGACAGGAUCCCGCCGCCGCCGAAGUUUGAAAACGCCAGCAACGCUGCGGAACAAUGGCGCACGUUCAAACAAGCCUUCACGCUGUACCUGAAAGCGACCGAUGCCGCUGGAGCAUCAUCGGAAAGGCAAGUCGCACUUCUUCUCACGGUUGGAGGACCAAGCCUGCUAGACAUUUACAAUACUCUGGACUUCGGAGAGUGUACGGAAGCGAGACCGCACCCUGAAUUUGACUUCGACCACGUUGUGAAGCUACUGGAUGCGCACUUUCUGCCGAAGCAGAACGAAGUGUACUCACGCUACAUCUUUCGCACUCGAGUACAACUCCCCGACGAGAGGUUCGACACGUUUUUAACCGAUCUCAAAUUGAAGACUCGGGACUGCAACUUCGGACCUGAAAAGGAGAAGAUGAUUCGAGACCAGAUUGUCUGCGGAGUGAAUGACGAGAAAGCGCGAGCGGACAUUCUAAAACUUGAUGAACCGUCGCUUGGAAAGGUUGUCAAGGUAUGUCUAGCGCAUGAGUCAACGAAGCUGCAACUUAAAGUCUUCAAGGAAGGCAGACCAGCAACUGAGGAAGUUCAUGCAGUGAAAGACAGACGCCGUCGUCUACCACCUGUUGACCGAGCAAAAGAUAAAAAGACAAGUUCGAAUCAAGCAGUACAGCAUUGUAAGUACUGUGGAAGCGAUCAUGCACGUGCUAGAAAUGCUUGUCCAGCAUGGAACAAAACAUGCAACAAAUGCAAAAAACAGAACCAUUUUGCAGUUGUGUGUAAAAACAGCAAGACUGUUGCCAGUUUGGAGCCAGAAGACGACACAGAUGAAAUACUGAUGGUGCAAAGCGGCAAACCAAGUCCACUGUUUGCGACUUUAAAUCUGAACCAAGAAGGAAUAAGGUUCCAGGUUGACAGCGGGGCUGCUGUAAAUGUCAUCACUAAGAGAAAUGUGUCGCCUGAUCAGAUAAUGCCGACGUCUACAACGCUGAGAAUGUGGAAUGGUACCAAGGUAGUGCCAUACGGCAAGGCGAGGUUGAAUGUAACCACUGCUAAUGGACACAAGCACAUUGUUGACUUUGUCGUGGUGCGUGAUGACCUCAGACCCCUUAUCGGACGAAAGACAGCCGAGCAGAUGGGACUGAUCACAGUGAAUUACAGUCUGGUUGCCAGCAUCAGUGCUGCAGGUGCACAGGGUGCACUGGAACAGAUCAUGGAAAGACACUCCGACGUCUUCGGACAGUCUUUAGGCUCAUUACCUGGACUUGUACACCUGGUGACUAAACCUGCUGCAAGCCCAAAGGCGGUGACAGGCUGUCGGGUGCCAGUGAGUGUUAAACCGCAGCUAGAAAAGACAAUCAGAAACCUAGAACAAAGGGGAAUCAUCAAAAGUGUCACCGAACCAACCCCGUGGGUGAGCCGAAUGGUUGUUGCCACGAAGAAAAAUGGUGAUAUGAGAAUCUGCAUUGAUCCUCAAGCUCUUAAUGAAGUUUUGGAGCGAGAGCGACACCCCUUGCCAAUCUUGGACGACAUUCUGCCCGAAGUUGCUAAAGCCAAGGUCUUCUCGAAGCUGGACCUGUGUGACGGCUAUUGGCAGUGCAUCUUGGACGAAGAGUCAAGUGUACUCACCACCUUUCAGACACCAAUGGGACGCUACCGAUGGCUACGCCUUCCAUUUGGACUUGCUGUCAGUAGUGAAAUCUUUCAGAAAAGACUGCAGUCAGCUCUGGAUGGACUGAGUGGUGUGCUGUGUGUGGCAGAUGACAUUCUAGUGUAUGGUAUCGGCGAAACCGAUGCAGAAGCGCGCAGUGACCAUGACAAGAAGCUGGAAAACCUGCUGCAGAGAUGUCAGAAGAUUGGUGUGCGACUCAACCGAGACAAGACGGAGCUGCAUCGCACAAGUACAACAUUUCUGGGGCACCUGCUGACAAAAGACGGACUACGUGUUGACCCUGAAAAGGUCAGAGCCAUUCAAGAAAUGCCCCCACCAACUGACGUCCAAGGUGUGCAACGCUUUUGUGGAAUGGUCAAUUACCUUGCACGCUUUCUGCCAAAGCUCUCCCAGGUCACAGAACCGCUCAGAAAGCUGGUCAUCAACAGUGAACCAUGGGCAUGGAGCGAUGAACAAGACAACGCAAUUCAAGAGACAAAGAACUUGGUAGCAAGAGCCCCAGUGUUGGCAUAUUACAAUCCGCAGAAACCGCUGAUGGUACAAUGCGAUGCCAGUGAACGUGGCUUAGGAGCUGCACUCCUUCAAGAUGGACAGCCAUUAUCCUUUGCGAGCAGAGCUCUCACGCCUACUGAAGUCCGGUAUGCGCAGAUAGAGAAGGAGAUGCUUGCCAUAGUCUUUUCGUUGAACAAGUUUCACCAGUACACUUUCGGAAGACUGACGACUGUAAUCACAGAGCAUAAGCCACUACAAGCCAUCAUGAAGAAGCAGCUGGACCAAGUUCCAAGAAGACUGCAAGGGAUGAUCCUACAGACUCAACGCUACAACAUUGACCUGCAGUACCGACCAGGAAAGGAACUUCUACUGGCCGAUACGAUGUCACGAGCAUUCUUGCCAGACGACCAUUGCGAACAGCAGCUUGAAGACAUCAACGUGGUGAACCACCUACCUGUGCGAAAGGAUACUGCAGAGAAGAUCCGCAACGCAACCCUGAGGGAUGAAACCUUGCAAAAGCUGACAGCAGUGAUCCUAACAGGAUGGCCACAGGAAAGGCACAAUGUUGCACCAGAAAUCAGGAUGUACUUCCCUUUCCGAGACGAACUUGUCGUGGAAGAUGACAUUGUUUACAAGGGACAACGACUGGUGAUACCAAAAGCACUUCGGGGAGAGAUGAAAGAAAAGCUACAUUCAUCACACAUGGGUAUCGAAAGCACUCUACGACGUGCACGUGACAGUAUUUUCUGGCCGAGCAUGAAUGCUGAAAUCAAGGACCACAUAUCAGCCUGUAAUGUGUGUCAGAAACAUGCACCAGCGCAACAACGAGAGACGCUGAAACCACACCCGAGACCAGACUUUCCGUGGGAACGUGUUGGAUGCGACAUACUGGAGCACAAGAACAAGCACUUCCUAGUCACAGUGGACUAUUACAGCAACUUCUGGGAGGUCGACCAACUCAACUCGUUAACAUCUGCCCAUGUGAUACGCAGACUGAAAGCACACUUCGCAAGACACGGCAUCCCAAGUGUUCUGAUCACAGACAACGGCUCACAGUUCGCUUGUGAAGCGUUCAACAAAUUCUCAAUCGAUUGGAAUUUCGAACAUGUCACGUCCAGCCCACGAUACCCAAGAUCGAACGGUAUGGCUGAGUCUGCCGUGAAGACUGUCAAAAUGCUCUUAAAGAAAGCAGACGAAAGCAAUGGCGAUCCUCAGAUGGCAUUUCUCGACCAUCGUAACACGCCGCUGCAACACAUGCAUGCAAGCCCUGCACAGCUCCUCAUGGGUCGACGCACACGCACAUGUGUACCAACGACAACUAAGCAGCUGCUGCCAAAAACUGUCAGUGCCAGAAACCAGUUGGAGCAGAAGAAACGAAGGAUGGUUUUCUAUCACGACAAACAGGCUAAAGACCUCCAUCCUCUGAGCAUGGGACAAGAUGUGAUGGUUCUUCCAACCAAAGAAGCAUUAUGGACAAAGGGAACCAUCAAGGAGCAAUGUGGUGACAGGUCAUAUAAGGUACAGGUCAGUGACGGCGUGCUACGCCGCAACAGAGUGCACAUACGAGAUGUACCCAGUUGCCAACAGGCUGAAGCAGAUGUCCCUACUACUACUCAGGACGAUCGUGGGCACCACAGAACACCCCAGGUCAAAAGUUCCCCUCAGCGCGAACCAGACACGACACCAGUACCUGAGACGUACGAGCCUGACCACCAAUUCGCCCCAAUCCAUACCCCUACGCGCCCAAAGAGAACAGCAGCUCUACCAAAGAAGUUUCAAGACUUUAUUGUGGGGUAGUCCCUACUUAAACAAAGGAGGAUGUUACAAGAUGAGCCGACAGAUGGCGCCACCACCCAAGGCAUGCGGUGGCGUACGCGCCUUCCCCCUUCCUCUAGGCCAGGAGACGAAGAAACCGGCGAGCAUGGCGGACGCAGAUACCGUCCACGUUGUAACCUUUUGUCAAGCAUUAAACUAGUUACGUUCGAUAACACGCCUUUUUGAAA